UGGGAAAAUAUCAAAGCAUCCGUUGCCAAUAACAUUUUAGAUUCACGUUUAUAAAACUCCGUAUAAAUCUCUAGUAACUGUUUAUUAAUAAAUAUGGAAAAGGUAAAAAUUCGAAUUUGGAAAAAAACUUUCGAAAGUUUUGAAUCCAAUGUUGUAAGAUUUCCAAUGUCCACGGUAUAUAUCAUCCCGCUUCCCGGCUAUUCUAUGUCAUGUGCUACGUAUAUGGUUUUUAAGCGUAAAGUUCUUUAAAAAUUAUUGUAUAAGUAACAUAUUGAAUAUUAUAAAAAUAAAACAUGUUUUACCAUAUAUCAUUGGAACAUGAGAUUUUAUUACAUCCUAGAUAUUUUGGCCCCCAGUUAUUAGAUACUGUAAAACAAAAGUUAUACACAGAAGUAGAAGGCACUUGCACAGGAAAAUAUGGCUUUGUAGUUGCUGUAACAACUAUAGAUAACAUUGGUGCUGGUAUUAUACAACCAGGACAAGGUUUCGUAGUAUAUCCAGUUAAAUAUAAAGCUAUUGUAUUUAGACCAUUUAAGGGAGAGGUUUUGGAUGCUAUUGUAACGCAAGUGAAUAAGGUUGGAAUGUUUGCUGAAAUAGGACCACUGUCGUGUUUCAUAUCUCAUCAUUCAAUUCCAGCAGACAUGCAAUUCUGUCCAAAUAUAAACCCACCAUGCUAUAAAUCCAAAGAAGAGGACGUAAUUAUACAACCGGAUGAUGAGAUAAGGUUAAAAAUCGUUGGAACAAGAGUCGAUGCCACUGGAAUUUUUGCUAUUGGAACAUUGAUGGACGACUACCUAGGUGCGUGUCUUUUAUAUUGUUUAUUUACAACUCUAUACUGUUCUAAAAUAUAUAUACUUGUUUCACAGGACUCGUGUGUAGCUGAAUACAUAAAUGCAUUAUCUUUUACAAUCUAACUCUUGUUCGUUCUAAGUAAAGUACCUUUUAUAUUUUUACGAAAUAACCGUUUACGUAUAAAUAAAUACAUAAAACAAA